CACACACGGGACGUAAUGGCGGCGAGGGGGAAACUUUGGGGACUGUUUCUCCAACUCACCGCUGUUCUGUCGGCGGUUCCGGGGGAACAAGGACUCGAUCUGCGGUGUCUGCAGGCGUGCAACUUCAAGUUCUGUCUCCAGGGCGACUGCGUGUCUACGCGGUCGAAGCUGAAGGCGAUCGACGGUGGCUGGGGGCCGUGGUCCAAGUACGGGGCGUGUUCCAGGACCUGCGGAGGGGGGGUCAAGUACGCCAGGAGGCAGUGCAACAACCCCAGUCCGCAGAACGGGGGCAAGUUCUGCCUGGGACGCAGGAUGAAGUUCAGGUCCUGCAACACCAAGGAGUGUCCGCCUGGCAGUAAGGACUUCCGUGAGGAGCAGUGUGCCAAGUUCAACGGGCAGCACUUCAACAUCAACGGCCUGCCGCCCUACGUCAGAUGGGUCCCCAAGUACGCUGGAGUUCUGAUGAAGGACCGGUGCAAGCUGUUCUGCCGCGUUGCGACAGGCACGGCGUACUACCGGCUCAAGAACAAGGUCAUCGACGGAACACCCUGCGGCCCCGACACCAACGACAUCUGCGUACAGGGCAUGUGCCGGAGAGCGGGCUGUGACCGUGUCCUGAACUCGAAGGCUCGGCGAGACAAGUGCGGGGUGUGCGGCGGGGACAACUCCUCCUGCAAAACUGUGGCUGGAACCUUCAACCUUAUCCAGUAUGGUUACAACGAUGUGGCCACCAUCCCUCGCGGGGCCACGAACAUCGACAUCAGGCAGCAUGGCUACUACGGACGUGUGGACGAUGACAACUAUCUCGCCCUGAGAAGAAGUAACGGGGAGUACAUCCUGAACGGUAACUUCGUGGUCAGCAUGUUUAAGAGGGAGAUCAGGGUGGCUGGCCCCGCCGUGCUCGAGUACUCGGGCUCUGACAACGCCAUCGAACGUGUCAACGGGACCAAGCGCAUCGAGGAGGACAUCGUAGUCAUGGUUCUGUCUGUAGGAAAGCUGUACCCUCCCGAUAUCCGCUACUCGUACAGCUUUCCUGUGGAGAAGCCUCAGUUCAGAUGGGACCCCAACGGGCCGUGGGGGGAGUGCAGCAAGGUCUGCCAAGGGCAGAAGAAAAAGAAGGUGCAGUGUGUGCGGGAGGACGACGGCCACGUGGUCUCCGACCAGCGUUGCCACCACCUGAACAAACCCGGCACCGUCACCUCCACCUGCAACCUGGACUGUGAGAUCAUGUGGGUGAUAGCCCAGACCAGCGAGUGCUCGGUGCGCUGCGGCACAGGAACCGUCUCCAGGGUGAUCCAGUGUGUGAAGAACCCACUCAGCAGCCAGCCCAUCGUGGUGGACGACAAGUACUGCGAGGACCAGCGGCCCUCGGAGGUGGAGAGGUGCUCUGGGGAGUGUCUGCCCACACACUGGGAGUUCACGCCUUGGUCUGAGUGCACGCGGACUUGCGGUGGCGGCAGCCGGUUCAGAGACGCCAGCUGCCUAGACAGCGGUGGGAACCCGGUCUCUCACGACGAGUGCGACGCCAGCAGUCGGAUUGUCGAUCAGGUCUGCAACGAUCGCGCCUGCCCGCAGUGGGUCGUCAACGACUGGACUGGGUGUUCAGUGACUUGUGGUGAUGGUGUCCGACACCGGCAGGCGUUCUGCCACAACGGUGUGCAGGAGGUAGAGCUGAGCGACUGUGAGACAGACUCCAGGCCGGAGAUGAAGCAACCCUGCAACCUGGGGGAGUGUCCCACCUGGCACUACGGCAGCUGGGGACAGUGCACCGUGACGUGCGGCCGCGGGUACCGUCUCCGCGCUGUGGUGUGUCGGACCCCGAAAGGCGAGGAGCUGGAGGACAGCGAAUGCGACGCUGCGGCACGGCACAUCGACGUCGAGGAUUGCGAGUUCGCGCCGUGUCUGGAACUUUUGCCCACCACGCCCCCACCGCCUGUUUGGGUCAGGACGGAGUGGAGAACCGGCUCAUGGACUGAGUGCUCGGUGACAUGCGGCCAGGGACUCCGGCAGAGAUACGUCAGCUGUCGGGACAUCCAUGGUAACGUAGCGGACGAUUCGGCGUGCGCGCACAUCCCCACGCCGAGCGCCCAGGAGACGUGCCUCCCAAAAUCCUGCGGAGGAGGACAGUGGAGAACCGGAGAGUGGAACAGGUGCCCUGUGAGCUGUGGCAGUGGCACGCAGACCCGGUACGUGGCCUGCGUGUUCCCCGGCCAGGAGAACAUCGCGGACGAGAUCGACUGCGACCCCAGCCAGCGCCCUGUCAGCGAGCAGGCCUGUAACGCGAACCCCUGCGACGUCCAGCGCUACUACAACCCAACACCCAGCAUCAGCAGUAACCGGAUACCCACGGGACUCACCGCCAAGUGGAGAACGGGGCCCUGGGGAGGGUGCUCGAGUACGUGUGCAGGCGGAUGGAAGCGGCGCGCUGUGGAGUGCCAGGACGGGAACGGCCAUCCCAGCUCCAACUGUAACGACAGAACGCGACCUUCAGAGAUGGCGCCGUGUAACGCUGGCCCCUGUCCGAUAUGGAACUAUGGGCAGUGGGGACAGUGUUCCGUAUCGUGCGGCGACGGUGAACAGACGAGACUCGUCCACUGCCAGCUGCCCAACGGUCAGAUCCUGUCGGACCACGGGUGCGAAGUCCUGGACAAACCGCCCGACAAGCAGCCGUGCAGAAACCACCCCUGCCCGCGGGCGGCGCGCUGGAACAGAGGACCCUGGUCGACGGUAUAGUCCCCACUUCCGUCUUGUCUCCCAGAGAUAUCCUAUAACUUAAGGCACGACAGACAUGCAGGGAACCAACACUGUUACAGGAUUCACAAUAGUCCCAAUAAAUCCCUGAUGUUCAAAAUCCCAUAUAAUCUCAUGUGGUAGCAACAUUCUCAGUCAAAAUUAAUCUAUAAAACUUGGUAACUUCAGUAUGAGGUCUAAGUAUGAAAUCCUGCUUUUCAUAGACUUUGUAGAAUUGCAGUCAACAGCUCUAGUUUCUGAAAUACGUUUGUGACUUAUUGAGAAUGUGAAAAAAAUAACUUGCAUUGCUAUUACUUGGAGCAAAUUCAAAAGGGAUUCCUUAAUUUUAUUCAUAUGGGAGGAGCUAUUCUGGCUAUCGGGGGCUGUCUAUAUACAGCACCUUCUGGCUUAAUAUGUGUCAUAAAGAAUUCUAACCCCUGAGUCUUAAACAGUUUUGUUGGUUCCUUCUGCAUGUCUGCUUCUGUUUCUUACUCCAUAGAGUUUGGUUCACUGACUCUGCAUUACAAGAAAGACUUCACAUCAACGACCCAGACUAUCUCUGACUUAAGCAACAAAACCAAAAGCUAGAAGCUAUGUCCGUUCACAAGAAAGUUUCAGCUGCUGUGCUCUGUUUGUACAACAAAUGAGUUGUGUUAAUAUUGUACUUAUUAAAAGAAGUGGAGGAAAACAUUUUUAAUUUUGCAUCAGUUCAGACUAAUUUUCAUCUGCCUGUUUCCACAAAAUUCCACAAGCAUGUUGACUUUGAGGUUUUUGCUGCUGUCGAUGGCUCUUAAUAAUGGCAUUGCACAAGCCUAGCUAGGAAGACAGUUGUUCCCUAGGUCUUCCAGGAGGCUUGUUGCAAAAUGUGAUGCAAAAGAUCCACUGGAAACUGCAGAGAAAGCCCCAAAACUUCACUCUUCUUUGGUGGAUUGUGAUUACAAUUAUUACAAUUACUUGUCUGCCAAAGGGAAUGCCUUAAAGCAAUUGUUGGUGGGUAUUUUGAAUUUCGAACAUACCAUUCUGUCAGUUGGACUGUCAUCCACUUGAAUUGGUACGAUCCAAAUUCAAAAUGUCUACCAAGGAUUGGUUUAUGUCAUUUGCAAAUCAUCAAUAGCACAUUUUUUCUCAUUCGAAGUUCUUAAACAUCAACUACAUCUCUAAAGUUAAAAUUUCCUGAGCUGCUGUGUACUUUAAAUCUUUAUUUAUUACUGCAAACAUUCCCAACGUUUGCACUGCCUCUUUUCCUCGAUAAAACUGUAUAAAAUCUUUUUUUGUGACAAGCGUCAGUGAACCCAAGAAUCUGAAGACUGUAUAGAAUUUAUUUAAUUCUUUUUUUACUUAAUGAUAAUUUCAAAUUUUGGAUCAGUUGCUUGUUCGUGGAUGCUAGCUAUUUAUGUUGUAUAGCAAGUUGUGUUCCUUUUUCAUCUCUGAAUAAUGAUUCUAUGGUACAUCAUUCUCCAUGUUUGAAAAUUGAGAAAUCCGGAGUCGUGUUUAUAAUAUUAUCGCUUUUGUUGAUGAGCCUGUUAAAUUUUUUGUUGUUGUAAGAUGUGAGACCUGUGGUGCUGGCCGGUGCUUGAAUGUUUGUAAAUAUACGUACCCCAGAGAGGACGUAGUGAGUGAGUAUACUAUAAGACGUUACGUGUUUGUCAACGACUGAAGAAGACAGCUGAUGACGUUCUCCUGGAAGAUUCUGACUGAAUUGGUGCUGCCGUCGUCCCUCCUAGACUACCUCGAUGUUAAUAUUGUCCCCGACACGCCUCCCUACACCCAGCACGGGCCAAACAUAGUCUCUGUUCGUUUGACAGAUUUUUUGUAGGAAGAGUCAUGAAGGAGGUCUUAUUCGGUGACUUUUUUUGUUGUUAUCUUAAUCGAUAACUGAAAGGAACCAUUUGGAAAUUUGUAUGCCAUCAGAAAACAAUUUUAUGUCAACAUGGUUCGAUUUUUUAGUUACAUUUUCAUAACAAAAUGUGGUAGGUAAUAUGUUCAAUUCUAGUUUUGAAGCAUUUUUUUUCUUUCUAAAUUCCUAGAAUCAUUUUUGACGGAAAGUGUGUUGAACUAACCAUGACCUUGUCUGGCCUGACCUUCAGUAAUUGUAAUGACCUUCACCAGGAAGAGUUUUAUUUAAAUUUUUUGUUAUUAAAUUUUUUUUUGUCAAAGUUGGAGCUGUGCUCUACAUGAUUAAUUUGUCAGUAAAUGUGCUCUAAUUGUCAAACCUUUUGUUAAAUACAUGAUGGCAAAACUAUUGUUCUGUAUUGUGCUUAUCACAAAUUUUCUUGUGGCUUUGUUGCGUCCAGCAAUAUUAAAGUGUAAAAAAAAUCAUAAAAAAA